AUGUCUACCACUGUUAAUAAUAAUGAAGCCUCUAGUAGCAAUACCUCUGCCUCUAAUAGUGCUGAAUCCUUUGAUUUAAGAAUGAAGUCAAUGGAGGAUCAAAUCAACAACCUUUCCUUAGCCUUUACUAGAUUCAUGAAAGAACCUAUGUUCUCAUCUAAUACCAAUUCACGUAGCCAACCUUCUCAUGAUGACUCUGACACUGAGAAUGAACAAAGUGAAGAUGAAUCAAGUAACAACACAGCAAAGAAAAAUGCACCUUUAAAGCAAAUUUAA